UCCAACUGCCGGCACCCUGAACGCUGGUAUGGUGACUGCAUCCCUACUACACAAUGACCCAUGGACUUAAAACACACAUGCACCGAUAUGCAUUAUAGGCUUACCAUACUAUCCCUUUAACCUGGGACUGUCGUGGAUUACACAGGUUCUGUGGCUGAUUAAACCACAUAAAAUGCAGGCUUAAAGUCAGCCAGCCACAGAACCUGUGUAAUUCAUUAGUGUCCUGGUUUAAAGGGAGAGUAUGGUAAACCUAUGCAUAUAUAUACAAACGGCUUUAGAUAAUUAUCUAUCCAUUUAACUUAUACAAUGAAUGACCUGGCUUGGCCAGUUUGUACAACUAUGGGAAUUGUGAUGAAACUCAGCUACAAUCGGGAAUGAAGGCACAGUCUAACAUUUACCCCUUCCGGUCCCCAGCUCAGAUUACCAGCGUCAUCCAGCAGUGGGUAGGCCCAGCAUUAUCUCCUGUCUAUAUACACAGGCUGCAGCAUGCUCCUAUAAACAUUACACGCACAGAGCUGGGGUUUGUGUAUACACAUAAAGCUCCCUUUCUCUCCAAACUUCUACUACAUUGGCCCAGCAAGAGACAUGGCUACCGGAGCAGGGCAAGCACCAGGACAGGAACCAAACCCUGCUGAGCCGCCGAAAUCUAUAAAGCACUGCCCAUUGUCUCAUGCACAUAGGGAAGACGUUGCUAAAGUCUUCAAGGAAUGUAAAGAGGAGAGCAUCUGGCAUAGAGCUAUUCCGCUGUCCCUUGUUAGCAUGCUAGCCACUCAGGGCCUCAUUUACAAAGGAUAUCUGUCAAAAAGCGCAAGAUUCGGCGUCAUACCAAAAGUUGCUUUGGCUGGGGUACUGGGGUUCGUCAUUGGAAAUGUCUCAUACAUGGGAGAGUGCAAGAGAAAGUUGGAGAAGCUGGGGCUGCAGAAUACACCUGAGGGUGUCUUUGGGCCUGCCUUUACUGGUGCUUAUGGUCCAGGAUUUUUUGGACGCAAUCACAAGCAUUGUCACCAUUGUGAGGAAUGCAAAAAGCAAUGCACUAAGGACAAAGGAGGAUCUGCCCAGUCCAACACUGUCUCCUGAACUUCUGUCGCUCUGUGAAAGUAGACACACCGAUUGUCUUUAUAACGUGAAUAUUUUUUGUAUCCUUCAUUUCUUGUUUAUAAUAAAUAUUUUUUUGAAAAUA